AUGACGUGUCCUCGAAGAAUCCUUCCAAAAUGUGAACUUAAUUUUAAAGCAACGGCCCAAAAUCCAAUUAACUAUAAGUAUGGUCCACGAGCUGUUGCCAUGGGAGACUUCAACAACGAUACCUUGCUAGAUAUUGUUGUUGCCAAUUAUGCUGCUGACAAUAUAGCCAUAUAUUUUGGACAUGGCAAUGGCACCGUGGCAAGUCCAGUCAUGUUUUCAACUGGUUAUGGCUCUGCUCCAUACAUGAUUGCUGUUGGUGAUUUUGAUAACGAUCAUCGACUGGAUGUCGCUGUCGCAAAUUUCGGCACAAAUAGCGUCGGUGUACUUCUUAGAUUCCAAAAUGGGUCUUUUGAAAACAAACUAGUUUUAUCAACUGAAUCAUCUCGUCCAGUUUGGAUCCAUGUAGCAGAUCUUAACAAUGAUACAGCACUAGAUAUUAUCACUGCUAACUACGGCACACACAGUGUAAGCAUAUUUUAUGGAUAUGGGAAUGCAAACUUUUCAAAUCCAAGCACAUAUUCUAUAGGCUAUGAUUCUUUCCCGUUAGCAGUUGUUAGUGGCGAUUUCAACAACGACAAACAGAUGGAUCUUGCUAUCGCCAAUUAUGGUACCAAUAAUGUCGGUAUCAUGUUUGGAGCUAGUAACGGCACUUUCGCAAAACAAAGCACGCUCUUAACUGGUCUUAAUUCCCAUCCAUACUCGCUUGUUGCUGGUCAUUUAAACGAAGACACUAAUCUAGAUAUUGCCGUCACCACCUAUGGAGAUAACAGUGUUGGUAUACUUCUAGGUCAUGGUAAUGGAACGCUUGUAACCCCGAUGACAUAUUCCCUCGGUGCUGCUUCUCCUUAUUCUAUUGGAAUUGGUGACUUCAACAACGAUAAUCGAAUGGAUUUAGUCGUCACCAAUAAUGGCACUGACAAUAUAGCUCUACUUGUUGGGCAUGGCAACGGUACUUUUGCAAGCCCAAAACUGUAUUCAACUGGAUCUUCUUCAUCAAUCUCCAUUGUCAUAGGUGAUUUAAAUAGCGACAAUCGUUCAGACAUUGCCUUCAUCAACAAUGAUACGAGCACCAUAGGCAUCAUGCUUGCCUAUGACGAAUUUUUUCCUAUUCAAACGACAUAUUCCACUGGCACUUCUCCAUACUCUGUAGCCGUUGGUGAUUUUAACAACGACGCCCAUCUGGACAUCGUCGUCACUAAUGCGAAGGACAACAAUAUAAGUGUAAUUAUCGGAUAUGGCAAUGGCUCUUUUGCAAAUCAAAAGACAUAUUCAACUGGCGGUGGACCAUUCUCUGAAGCUGUUUGUGACUUUAACAACGACAACCGACUGGAUAUUGUCGUCGCUAAUUAUUAUGAUAACACCAUAAGUAUUCUUCUUGGACAUGGAAAUGGUUCUUUUUCAAAUCAAAAGACGUAUUCAACUGGCACUUACCCCAACUCUGUAGCUGUUGGUGAUUUUAACCACGACGCCCAUCAGGAUAUCGUCGUCACUAAUACGAAUGACAACACUAUAGGAGUAUUUCUCAAUUAUGAAAAUGGCUUCUUUGCAGAUCAAACGACAUAUUCAACUGGUACAACGCCAGUCUCUGUGGCUGUUGGUGAUUUUAAUAAUGAUACCCAGCUGGAUAUCGUCAUCGCCAAUCUUGAUGACAACACUGUAAGUGUACUUCUCGGAUAUGGCAAUGGCUCUUUUGCAAAUCAAACGACAUAUGCAACUGGUUCCAUCCCAAUAUAUAUAGCUGUUGCUGAUGUCAAUAACGACACUCAUCUCGAUAUCAUCGUCGUUAAUCAAAAGGAGAACACUGCUAGUGUACUUCUCGGAUAUGGAAAUGGCUCUUUUUCAAGUCAAACGACAUAUUCAACUGGCUCUACCCCAAGCACUGUAGCUGUAAGUGACUUUAACAAUGACACCCAACUGGAUAUUGUCGUUGCUAAUGUUGGUGACAACACUGUAAGCAUCCUUCUCGGAUAUGACAAUGGCUCUUUUGCAAAUCAAACGACAUAUUUAACUGGCUCUUACCCAAUUGCUGUAGCUGUUGGUGAUUUUAACAACGACACUCGACCGGAUAUUGUUGUCGCUAAUUUCAAUGGCAACACUGUAGGUGUACUACUUCGAUAUGACAGAGGAGCUCUGAAAAAUAAAAUCACAUUUGCGCCUACCAAUGGUUCUCGUUUGCGAAACUUUGCCCUUUUUGAUUUCAAUAACGAUAGCCUACUGGAUAUCGCUGUUGUCAAUUAUGGUACUAAUAACAUAGGUGUCCUUCUUGGACAUGGGAAUGGCACUUUUGGAAAUCAAAUGAUGCUCUCAACAGGCUUAAAUUCUCAUCCUUACUACAUCACUAUCCAUGAUUUCAAUAGAGACGGUCAAGCAGAUAUAGCUGUGGCCAAUUAUGGUGCUAAAAAUCUUGUUACGUUUCUGGGAAGUGGAAAUGGAACAUUUGAAAAUCAAGGACGUUACGGUAUAAAUUUUGAUUUCGCUCCAUUGAUUAUUGGUGCCAAUAGUUUUAACAAAGAUGGGCGUUCAGAAAUUUUCGUUGCAUACGAUGGCAUCGAUUAUGUAGAUGUGCUGGUUACAUACGACAUCGGAUCUUUCAGUAAUCACGAUAAAUAUUCAACUGACGUUUGGCCAAGAUCUGUAGCUCUUAGCGAUUUUAAUAACGACACCCAACUGGAUAUCGUCAUCGCUAAUCAGUACGACAACACUGUAAGUAUCCUUCUCGGACAUGGAGAUGGUUCUUUCACUAAUCAAACGACAUACUCAACUGGUUCUAACCCAUUCUCUGUAGCUGUUGGCGAUUUUAAUAACGAUACCCAUAUGGAUAUCGUCGUCGCUAAUCUUAAUGACAAUACUGUAAGUGUCCUUCUCGGAUAUGGCAAUGGCUCUUUUGCAAAUCAAACGACACAUUCAACUGGCUCUAACCCAAAGUCUGUAGCUAUUGGUGAUUUUAACAACGACACCCGACCGGAUAUCGUCGUUGCUAAUUGGGGUGACAACACUGUAAGUAUCCUUCUCGGAUAUGGAAAAGGUUCUUUCACUAAUCAAACGACAUACUCAACUGGUUCUAACCCAUUCUCUGUAGCUGUUGGUGAUUUUAAUAACGAUACCCAUAUGGAUAUCGUCGUUGCUAAUCUUAAUGACAAUACUGUAAGUGUCCUUCUCGGAUAUGGCAAUGGCUCUUUUGCAAAUCAAACGACAUAUUCAACUGGCUCUAACCCAAAGUCUGUAGCUAUUGGUGAUUUUAAUAACGACACCCAACUGGAUAUCGUCGUUGCUAAUUUAUAUGACAAUACUGUAAGCAUCCUUCUCGGAUAUGGCAAUGGCUCUUUUGCAAAUCAAACGACAUAUUCAACUGGCUCUGGACCAAGUUCUGUAGCUAUUGAUGAUUUUAAUAAUGACAACCGACUGGAUAUCGUCGUCACUAAUUGGAAUGACAACACUAUGAGUGUUCUUCUUGGAUAUGGCAAUGGUGUUUUUGCAAGUCAAUUGACCUAUUCAACUGGCAUUAGUCCAUCAUCUGUAGCUGUUGACGAUUUUAAUAAUGACACCCGGCUAGAUAUCGUCGUCAUUAAUCUAAAUGAGCCCACUGCUAGUGUAUAUCUCGGAUAUCCGAAUGAAGGCUUUCUUAAUCAAAUGAGACUCAUAACUGGGAAUGGAUCUCGGCCUAAGUCAUUCGCCAUUGGAGAUUUUAACAAUGACAGUCAAAUGGAUAUAGCAGUGGCGAAUUCAGGCAAUAACAAUAUUGGUGUCUUUCUGAGAUACGACAAUGGUUCUUUCAGAAAUCAAAUGGCAUAUGCAACUGAUUCCUCUCCGUGGUCGGUAGCUGUUGGUGAUUUCAACAAUGAUACCAUACUUGAUAUUGUCGUCGCGAAUCUUGGCAGUGACAAUGUUGGUGUAUUUCUUGGACGGGGCAAUGGUUCGUUUUCGAGCCAGAAAACGUUUACAACUGGUUUAAGCUCUCAACCAAACACGGUUGCUGUUGAAGAUUUCAACAACGACACCUUGCUAGACAUUAUUGUCGCUAAUUAUGGCACAAACAACAUAGGUGUGUUGCUUGGUCAUGGGAAUGGCUCCUUCACAAGUGUCAAGUUUUUUUCAAUCAGUUAUGGAUCUCUUCCAUUCUCAAUUUCCGUUCGUGAUUUAGAUAAUGAUGGAAAAUUGGAUUUCGUCAUCGCCAACGAAGGUGCUGACAAUUUAAACAUUUUUUUACAGACCUGUUAAUAUUACCACUGCUGCCUUAAGAUUUUUUUUCAUUGAUUCAUUAUUCCUAACUUCUGCUUAGCGCUACUAAUAUUUCUUCUAACUAUUUUUGUGUGUGAGUAUAUGUUAAGCAUUAAAAUAUUUUACAUGAAGAUAAGAAAUAUCAAGUGAAGCUAUGGCAAUACGUCUAAAUUUGACAAAGAAUUUCGUCAGAUGUAUGACAUGGAUAUGCCAAGCACAUGAUGAUGUGUUUCGCUCUUGCUUAAUGCUCUCAUCAUAUGACUAGACAAGAGUUUCUUUUUGAGUGAUAUUACGAUCGUAGAAACGAGAAAUAAUCUACAAUUAGCUUUUAUAGUUUUUUUUGAGACAUAGAGGAAAUUAUAUUUGACUGUUAAAGUAUUCCUGGACGGC